ACAAAUUUUCAUUAUUGAUUUUGCUUGUUUCUUGAUAAAAAUUAACUUUUUAUAAAAAAAUAUAAUUACAUUUUAUAUUUUGUCUCAAAAUAAACUUAAAUUAAAAAUAAAAAUUAUUUAAUCAAUUUUUUUAAAAUAUUUUUAUUCGUCAUGGAUUGAGAAAUAAACAAUAAAUUCAAAAAUCUUCGAAAAAUAACGAAAUUCAAAAUUUAAACGAAAUGGACCAUUUUACCGGCAUCAAAAAUACUAGAUCAAUUUGUCUAAAUGCAUGCCAAACAGAGAUCAUAUCUACCAUCACUUUAACCCCUACGUAUAAGCAAUUUUACCACUCUAAUAACUCCGAGCAACAACCUUUCAAACAAAGUUCUAACUCGAACUACACAUCUUCAUCCUUUUUCCCCACUAAUAACCUUUCUACGAUCAACAAUAUUCACUCGGCUUCGGCUUACAAAUUCAAACGCAGAAAACUAAUAAGCCUGACAUCGUCUGCUCUUGCCUUCAAGGGAAAGCUUCUCAGAUUAUCCCUCUCCAAAUUAGGCCGUAUAAACGACCCUGAAGUGGCUCUUAGGCGUUGUGUCCUAAUAUACAACGCCGCGAAAACGUUAAAACGCGAAAUUUUACAUCUCGAGGACAGGAAAACUCUGUGGAACAAUAAUAAUAUCAACCUUAAUCAUCAGGUAACUCAGAGAGUCAAUUCCUCCACCAAUUAUUCCACCGUUACAGUUACUUCAAAUAAUAAAGAAGGUUCUCACGAAGUGGUUCUUGGUGUAGGCGAAGAACCCUUUCACUUAAAUCCCAACAUUCUUCGUGCUAACGCGUCUAUAUUGCCCAUGGAUACUUCUCUAGGACUUUCCCAGCCCUCUAAUAACCACAAUGAGUUGGGUGGGUCUGGCUACACCGCCGAAGAUUUCGACACUGGUUUUGUCGAUUACCACAAUUACAUAUUGGACCAUUGCAUGGAAGCAAGCGACUCUCUUAACGACGACGAUAAUGUUCUCAUAAAUGCCCAAGAUCGUGCCGUGAAGUCUCACGCAACUGAAAAGAAUUUUGGGCAUAAUUCCUUAAAUCCUUCGGCUAAGAUUCAGAAUUCAAAUGGAUUCGAUGAUUUUAACUUGACAUUCAGCAAUAGUAGUUCCUUCUCAGUAUUGGACAACGUUUCGCAAUCGCUAGUUUAUUCCCAACUUCCUCUUAGUGAGAUGAGUGAUAAAAAAUUGGCCUCGCCAAUAAGUCAAGAAGUCAGAAAAGAACACGAUAUUAUAAGUGAAUUCCAUAGCACCCCAAAUGCCUCCUUAUCCAAUUCUUCUGUGGUAUCAGUUCACCUCGAUAAUUCCAUGGACGGAUUUCAAGUCUCGCCUUUAACCAUGACAGUAUCCUCCACUUUUUUCAAUCAAGACCCCCUUAAAAUUGCAGACGACUCCUCUCAUAUUGCAUACUAUGAUAAUAACUUGACAUUUCCUCGAAUCGACAUUCCUUCAAACAUUCAAAUUUCUCGUCCAGCCCACGAUGGACACCUUGACACGACCUUUCACCCUAGUCGUUCCAAGAACUCUUAUAACAAUCCUAUCAAUCCAAUUUUAUGCCAACAGGUCGCUUCCGAUGACGUAGCAAAAUUUCUUUUACCGAGCUCUUCUACCAAUUGUAGAUUCUCUUUGGAUAGAAGUAUCCACCAAUUUAUUGAUCAUUCAUAUUCUAAUUCCCCCGAUAAUCCUAUUAACUCAACCCACAUUCAUUACCAUCACGCGAUUAAUGGGCCUCCUCCUUUAGAAAUGCUAAAACUGUUCGAUCUUUAAAAAUAUACAAUUAUAUAUGUGAUAGAUGAACAAUGUUACUUAUUUUGUUUAUAAAAUUAAGGUGAUUAUGCAUUGUGUAGUCAACUAUUAUAUAAAUCUUACACCAACCUUGCUAAUUGCCCAUAGGCUAUUUAAACAUAUAUCAAUCAUAUCCAAUUGUCCAUUGUUUAAUCUUGAACAUCAUGGGCCGAACUCCUCUAGCUUACCCUUCUUCUCUAGUCCCAACAAUACAAAAUAAAAAUACAAUAAACCAUUUUAUAUUAAUAAUAUUAAUAUGAUGAUUUAUAAAAUAUUUCUUUAAAUCAUAUCGUAAUCCAUCGUUGAAUUGUGAAGGUCAAUUUUUAUUAUUUAUUUAUUUUUUUUAGUAGAAAAUAAUUUUAAUUAUUAUGAUAAUAGGGUUUAUUUGAACGGAGAUCAUUAUUACCUCAAAAUGAAAAAAUUAUAUUAUUUAUUUAAUUAAUAUAAAUAAUAAUUGAAUUAAUAUAUUCUGAUAUAUAUUCAUCUAUUCUAAGCUAGAGAAAAUAACCUAUAAUUUAUGUAAUAAUUAUUAAUAACACUUAAAUUCAAAGUAUUUUAUUUUUCCAGGACCGAUAUCUUGAACCAAAGGAAUGACUGUUCUGAAUUUCAUAUUAUUUAAUAAUUUAUAAUAUAGAAUAUUAUAUCAUUUUUCUAUUAAGUCUAAAUAUAUUCAUUAUUAUAUAUAAUAUAUAGUAAUAAUUCGUUUGUGCAUUACCCGGAUAUUUAAAAAAAAUGUAUAUUGCU